GGAUCAUCUAUCGGGGAUAUAUAUCGAUCCAGUGCAGAAUGAACAUAACCCUGAUCCUUCAAACGUCUGAGCGCUAGGCUAAGCUAGUAGACUAGUCAUAGCGGCUGCAGAAUAAACGAGAAGAAAGAAAACAGUUACUCCAACCUGCGCAACCUGAUCCUCCAAACGUCUGAGUGCUAGGCUAAGCUAGUAGACUCGUCAUAGCGGCUGCAGAAUAAACGAGAAGAAAGAAAACAGCUACUCCAACCUGCGCAACUAUGCCUACUAACUUGAUUUCUGACGUCGGCUAUGAGAUCGUGAAAAGGCCUCAGGGUCCACGCGCACCAGGUGCUGAUAUUCGGUUGAAUAAUCAACGAAAGAUACUAGGAGAUCGGACCAAUGUGGGGGCCAGCUGUAGUUAUGUGCCUAUAGUGGAUGGUGUGAAACAGUGGACCCCUGGAUCAAACCGUCUAACCAAGAAAAAUCUCAAAAGACCCAAUCUAGGACCGGUUCUACCCUGCUCGCAGCUAACAGUCGUGCAACAGCAGAUCCCGUAUAAAAAGGGGCGCAAGGACACCGCUCAUAGUGUUUUAACUCCAGAGAAUUUUAACUUGGUUCUCCAUGCUGUUAUAAACCCUAAAAUCGCCCACCACGGGGGUGGAUGGUCUGAGUCCAAACAGCCGUUGAUUGAUACAUCGGUUGUACCCGUGUCUGAGCCGCCUGCAGAGACCGUUACUGUACAGCCGGAUGGAGGCAUUCAGCAUGUCCUUGGAGACCCUCAGGAUGCACCACUACCAGAACUGACCGAUGAGGAUCUCGAGGGUCUUACCGACGUUCCGUUGUGGCCCUCAGCGCUGUUGGAACAGCUCGACUUCACUCCCGCUCAUUGGAUAGACCCUCCAGCUACUUCCGUAGGGGGUACUGCCAGUGCAGAGCCUGUAAACCAUCAGCCUGCAGCUCCCGCCUCUGGAUCACGAGCCAUCCUCAUCCAGGCCUCUAUCCACAAUCCACCAGGCACUGUGAGUCCCUAUGCCCAAGGAGCAGUGGCUACGCUGCUACCCGACGGCUCAGCGGCUGCUGAUGAAUACAUUGCGGGGGGACUAUGUACCAAAUGUUGUAAGGAUUGUGUUGAUAAAUUAACCGUGGUAACUACAGCGGUUGAUGUAAACUCCUUAACCAUUGGUCGUCAGUGUAAACUGGGUGCAUUGUCUGUGAAACUUAUUUUUUCAGAUUUCAGACUAUCGAAGAGCAAACGAAGCAGUCACUCGAGACCCUCGGGGAAAUCAAGGACGAGCUCGUGAGUUAUGGUCUGGCUAUAGAAUCAAUACAGCAGCAGAUUUUGGUUGUCGAGGCAUCAGUGCGUGUUAACACUCUGGCUUUGGAUAGGGGGCCUAUGAUAUCUAAUAUGGCUCGGAAAAUUUGGCUAAUUGAAACUACGGCGCAGGAUAACAUCAGGGCCUACAAGGCCAUGUCUGCCCGGAUGACUAUCGUGAAUGAUGCUCUGGAUAUGCUUACGAUGAAUCGUUAGUAUUUGAUUUGUGGUAUUGGGGUGUUCUUUUUAUUUUUUGUUUGUUUUCUUUUUCGUUUAUUCUGUGGAGAGGGUAUUUUUUUUGUUUUAAACUGAACGUAAUAAAACUUUUUUCUUUUAAUA